AUGAGUACUCUUUCACACUCUGAAUCAGAUUCUCUGUCCAACGAGUCGAUAAAUAACCUCGAAUCGCCAGCUCCAGAAAAAGUGCCGUUAUCAACAUCCACAAUUCUCCGAAAAGCAGAAAUUCCAAUAGCAGAGACUCUUGAGACCCGAAGUACUACUGGCAACAAGAUAUCUAUACGCUUCCAGCCGAUUGGCUCAGCGCCAGCAUUAAAUCCACUUUCAUUCAAAGUCAGCGGAACACAGACCAUUGGGUCGAUUCUGAAGUUUUUAAUGCGGCGUCUUCGACUAAAAACCGUGCAUAUUUACGUCCUGAGUUCCUUCCAGCCCACGCCAGACGAGAAGUUGGGUGACUUGUAUGGCAUGUACAAAACUAAUGGCGAGCUAAUUCUCAGCUACUGCGAAACUGUGGCCUUCGGAUAA